CAGUUAAAAUGCCAAAACCCAGACUCUCCCCAUAUCUGAUAAAUUAAAUUAAAUUACCUUUAAAACAGAUGUCAUUUUCUGUUAAUUUUCAAUUUUUUUUAAACACACUCUCACUGUUUCCGUCGCCGGAUAUUUCUUCGGCGAUCUCUCCGGCGUAGGUAAUUUGAGUAGAAGAAAGCUUUGGAGCGUGUGUGGUUUUGCAUGGCUGUAGCUCGAUCUUUAACAAUUGCCUCUGUGAGUAAAACUGCGUUGUAAGGAAUACAGUUGGUUCCUGAGGUAUAACAGUUCGAGCUUUGGAGUGUGAAUAACACUCCUGUGUAGAAGGGAAGCGAGUUAAGUGAGUUGGUGUGGUCGACUCAGUGAGUUUGUGGAAUUGGAUAGCAACGAAAAUGUCUUUCCAGCACAAAAGCUUUUGGAUGUCAAGAGAUGCAGGGUGUCUAACCGAUGGAGAGAUAGGUUAUGAUAAUUCCUCAAGAAUUGAACCAAAGCGUGGACAUCAGUGGUUCAUGGAUACCACUGAACCAGAAUUAUUCAGCAACAAACGGCAAGCAGUUGAAGCCGAUGGUAACAGGCCAGUUUUGGGAGCUUCUCACAUGAACAUUUCUCCAUGGCAUAAUGCUUCCAGUUUUCAGUCAGUUUCAGGGCAAUUCAGUGACCGCCUAUUUGGGUCAGAGGCUGUGCGGACCAACAAUAUGGUCGAUAGAAAUGUUCCUUCUGCUGGGGGUGGAAAUAUGAACAUAAAUAUGGGAAGAAAGGAAUUCAAUGAUCAAUAUGGUAGCAAUUCCUCUAUGAGUUUGUCUAUGUCUCAUAACAUUGAGGAUCCCUCAGGAUGUAUCAAUUUUGGUGGACUCAGAAAAGUUAAAAUCAAUCAAGUUAGGGGCUCCAGCAAUGCCAUUUCUGCAUCCAUGGGGAACUCCACUAGCCGAUCAGAUAGCAAUGCGAUUUCAAUGGGUACUACCUAUAGUAAGAAUGAAAGCAAUGCCAUAUCUUUGGGUCCAACUUAUAAUAAUGCGGCAGAGAAUACCAUCUCAAUUGGCCCCAACUUCAGUAAGGCAGAUGGCAAUUUCAUUACAAUGGGCCAUACCUUCAACAAGGGAGAUGAAAAUUUCAUAUCGAUGGGACACAAUUAUAACAAGGGAGAUGACGGUAUCUUAUCAAUGGGGCAGCCCUUUGACAAGGCGGAUGCCAACUUUAUAACAAUGGGCCCAUCAUAUGAAAAGGAUGACAGCAAUGUCAUUUCAAUGGCUCAUUCCUUUAGCGAGGGACAUGAAAGUUUUGUUUCAAUGGGCCCCACCUAUGAUAAAGCAAAUGAGAAUUUCAUUUCUAUGGGUCCCUCCUAUAGCAAGGGAAAUGAUAGUAUCACAUCUAUUGGUGCCAGCUAUGACAAGGCAGAUUCCAACAUGACUUCCGUCUGUUCUGCCCAAGAUAAAGAAGAUCCCAAUAUUCUAUCCAUGGGUAACAACUAUAAUAAAGGUGAGAGUAAUACCAUAUCUUUUGGAGGCUUUCAUGAUGAAUUGGAUGCAAAUUCUUCUGGCACUAUUAUUAGUGGAUAUGAUGUGUUAAUUGGCAAUCAAAACUCAGCUCAAACUUCAGGAGUACCUGGCCCAAAAGAUUUUGUUCAGUCAAAUGCAGAUCCAAGUCCAACUGUAAAUAAUGCCCCAAAAGCUAAUACAAAAACUGAUGCAGCCCCCAAGAAUAAAGAUGCCAAGGCAUCUAAGAAGGCUCAUCCAAACAACUUUCCUUCAAAUGUUAAAAGUUUGUUAUCAACUGGCAUGCUUGAUGGGGUUCCAGUGAAAUAUGUUUCAUGGUCAAGGGAGAAAAAUCUUAAAGGAAUUAUAAAGGGGACUGGGUAUUUAUGUGGCUGCCAGGAAUGCAACUUCUCUAAGGCUCUGAAUGCUUAUGAAUUUGAGCGUCAUGCUAACUGCAAGACCAAGCACCCCAACAAUCAUAUUUUCUUUGAGAAUGGAAAGACCAUUUAUGCAGUUGUUCAGGAGCUGAAGAACUCUCCUCAGGACAUGCUGUUUGAUGCAAUCCAAAAUGUGACUGGGUCUCCUAUUAAUCAGAAGAAUUUCCGCAGCUGGAAAGCAUCAUAUCAAGCAGCCACCCGUGAACUUCAGCGUAUCUAUGGAAGGGACCAAUUUGUCGUGCCAUCUUGAGUUGAAGAUCCUAGUUCUGGAAUAUGUGAGGCUGUAUGUUCUGUGCAUAGCAGCAUAUAUAUUUGGUAAAUUAUCAACUUGCUUUGGGAUUUUAAGAAUUUUGAGGAGCUUAUUUAGAUUUUUAUCUUUUUCUUAAAAAAAUAAAUAAAAUAUAAGUUUUAAUUUCAGACAAUUAAAUCUUUAAAAGAGUUAAAUUUUGUAUGCAUCUAUGAUCGGCCCUAGAGGUACCUUCUCCACGUUAGUUGAGGGGACAAAGCUGUUCCAUUUUCUGGGGACAGAAGGGGCUCGAUGGAAAUCAUGGGACAUGUCCAUGAUUGAAUUACACAGUUGAUAGAGUGAAUGAAUUUUGUGGCAA